GACUACUCUUUGGAACCUAUACAAUCUGCUGCCGCCCCUCCUCUCCUCGGUAUCUCUGCUCUAUCCUGUGAUUAUCCUGUAGAACAAUACAUCCAGAUUGAGCUUCCUGUCUCCUUUGCCAAAUCUCGAAAACUUCCGCGACAAAGAUACCGCACACACCACUCUACUCGAAGCGCUUGCAUUCCUACAGCAGCUGCUUCUAGGAAACCUGAGCCUGGCGCUCCUCGUCGUUUCUCAUCGCAAGAAGCGGCGUCCUUCUGUACCUUAAUUGACCCGCUUGACGCGCUUGGCCCGCCAUGUGGGAACAAACUAGCGUCACGAAGCCGCAUCUCGCGUACAUGCUGCUCGGCGGCUUCAUCACAGUCUUCUCCCUCGUGUCGCUGUUCAUCAAGGAGAAGCUUUAUAUCGGCGAAGCGACUGUCGCCACAGCAUUCGGCGUCAUCAUGGGACCCGUCGCAGCUGGCAUCUUUGAUCCAAUCUCAUGGACCAACUCAGAUUAUUUGACGCUUGAACUCUCGCGCAUCAUUAUCGUGAUCCAGGUCUUUGCCGUCGGAGUGGAACUGCCCAAAAAGUACAUGAAGCGCCAUUGGAAGGGCAUCUUCAUCAUGCUUGUGCCAGUCAUGACACUCUCUUGGCUGAUUUGUACUGGCUUCAUCUACGCGCUUAUCCCAGGCCUGUCUUUUGUCGACAGUCUCGUGGUUGCAGCAACACUCGCGCCAACGGAUCCGGUCCUUGCAUCGUCCGUGGUAGGUAAAGGUAAGUUUGCUGAGCGUGUCCCUGGCCAUAUCCGAAAUCUCUUGUCUUGCGAGUCUGGCUGUAACGACGGCAUGGCUUUUCCGUUUCUCUACUUGGGUCUUUACAUCCUCAUCGACCACUACAAAGCAGGUCCAGCAAUCAAGGAAUGGGUGCUCAUCACCAUCCUCUACGAGUGUCUCUUUGGUGUUCUUCUAGGCGUCAUCAUUGGAUAUGGCGGCAGACGAUUGAUUCGCUUUGCCGAAAGCCAUAACCUCAUUGAUCGCGAGAGUUUUCUCGCAUUCUACUUUGUUUUAGCCAUCUUUUGCGCUGGUGUUGGCACCUUGGUCGGCACAGAUGACUUUCUCGUCGCCUUUUCUGCUGGAACGGCUUUCGCUUGGGACGGUUGGUUCUCGAAAAAGACGGAAGAGUCGCACGUCUCGAACGUUAUCGACCUACUCCUCAACAUGGCCUACUUUGUCUACUUUGGCGCCGUGAUUCCUUGGAACGAAUUCACGAUGGAAGACGUUGGUGUUACCCCUUGGCGUCUCAUUGUAGUCUCUAUCCUCAUUGUCCUCUUUCGCAGGGCUCCUGGUGUCAUGGCAACCUACAAGUGGAAUCCCGAUAUUCGCAAUUGGCGCGAGGCAUCUUUUGUCUCUUGGUUCGGCCCUAUGGGCGUCGGCGCCAUCUUUUUCGCACUCCUUGCUCGUGCAGAACUGCAAACAGAGUCGCAAGUCCCAGCAGGCAGAUUGUCGGGCAACACUGAAGAGCAUUAUGAGCUUAUCGACAGUAUCUUCCCCAUUGUCAGUUGUGUUGUUUUGGCCAGUAUCAUUGUGCAUGGCUCGUCCGUGGCUGUCUUUACGCUGGGAAAGCACAUCAAUACUUAUGCUAUGACCAUGACAUUCACGAGAGACACCGAUGAUCCAAAUUGGCUGCAACGCCUACCCAGACUCGAAAUGGGUCAGUCCAUGACAUUUUCACGCGCUCGCAGUCGCGAUCGAUCUCGUUCGCGUGCUCGAGUCGAGGAUUCUGCGAUUGGUAAUGCAAAGAAGCCAGAGAAGAUUCGACACCGUGGUCGGCAUCUGCACCGCAAGAGCUCUGACCUUCAAGAGAAAACUUCGUCACCAGAUUCACCGGAAGAGUCUCGAGGUCCUGAUGAGGAGGAGGCAGAUGGACAGACUGGCAUUUUGGGGCCUGGCCAUGAAGUGUACCAAGAAGGCGAUGAGUUUGUCGUUGAAGACGAGAUGGGUGAGGUGAUCAAGGUUGUCUCUGCACGGGAUCUUGACCGUGAAGCUGCUCACAAUGUCUUGAGCAAGCAUCCCAAAGCGCAACAACUAUCACGAGAGGAACGCGAGCAAGCCGCAUCAGACGAGUGGCAUCCGCAUCACAAGCACAUCAAACCCGUUGCACAUGUCCUCAAAUCCAAAUCUGACUCGUCGCACAGUGAUGAGAGCAAGACUUUGGGCAGCAACGAAGCAGAAGAAGAUCAGGGCAACGAUGUGCCAGAGACCAAUGUCGAGCGUCGUCGGCGUCAAUCUGCGCUCAACACACGCAAUGAUAGUAUUGAUGAAGAAGCUGAUGACGAAGAAGAGACACCCGCAGAACGUAAACGGCGGUUGCAAGCACUCGGACACAGUGUUGAAGAAGGUGCAUCACGGCCAGAAUCACCAGAUAAGCGGCCGGUGCCAGAGACGGAAGAUGCAGCGAGCAGACUACCCAGUAUCCGCUUUCAUGCUUCUGUCAAUGAGCCAGCUGUUCCUCCGCCUGCAGCGCUUCGUGGUGCCGUGUCAAUGCCACAACCAGCAGUGCAUGACACGAGCAGACUUGGUGCGGCAAAUGCAGGGCCACCACUUGCACAGUCUCAUUCUCGGGGUCGUUCGAUUGUGUGGGCGGACAAGUCGGCUUCAGACACAGAUCUGCAACAUGUCGGUUAGCCGUAGAUGUUGAUUUGUACUUGAGCGUAGCAUA